AUGGCGUUGCAGAUUUAUUCAGGAGAUCCCGCAUCCUGCGUACUGCUGGUCAUCUGUUGUCUUCCCAUAAUUAUACUAUGCUAUCAUUCUCAACGCCAAAUCCGUCCGAAGGGAUGUCGACGGCUCGGUCUUCCACCGGGUAAAAGCAAUCUGCAUGAUGAAUUCGACCCCAAAUAUAACUCUGGCGUCUCACCAACAGACAAAAAUGGAUAUAUCCCGGCCUGGCGUGUCAAGGCCCUCUUCACCUACCCACUGAAAUCAUGUGGAGGUAUCGAGCUUCACACAUCCAACAUCGUUGCUACAGGCCUCAAAUUCGAUCGCCAAUUUGUCUUCGCCGAGCGAUCCGCUGACGCUUGCACUGUCCGUACACUUCGAAAUGCCGGUUUCCAACGACUGGCUCUUAUUCAGCCAGAGAUAUGGUUGCCCGACCCUUCUGCUCGAGAUUACCAUCCAUCCCUCCCUGAAGUCAAAUCGCAGGGAGUAAUGGUCAUAUCCUAUCCUCAACCUCUGCCAAAAGGUCAUCUGAAAAUCUUUGCAAAAAUUGGAAUGGCAAUUGGUAUCCUCCGAUCCAGAGCCUGGUUUCAAGUCCCUCUUUCCCCACCAGAAGACUCAAUGUCAAAGUAUCCCCUUCGACCGGUUACGAUCUGGAAAGACAAACCACUGGCAAUGGAUUUCAGCGACUUUAUUCCACCAUCGCUGCACGCCUAUCUAGGCUUCAACCCGUCAAAUUCUCCUCUCACAUUCCUCAGAGCAAGUCCCGCUCACACCCGACAUAUUUUCCGAAACGCGCCCCGCAAAGAAACCCUAGGCUUCCAGCCGAAUACUGCCUUCGCAGACGCGUAUCCCAUCCAUUUACUCAGCCUCUCAAGUCACAGGGAUGUGGCUGCUCGCUGCGCCUACGCAAUCCCGAAAUUGAGCAUCGUCCGAUUUCGGGCAAACAUCAUCAUUCAAGGACCCAGUGCCUUUGCAGAAGAUCAUUGGAAACGAAUCUCGAUUGGUGGUGUUGAGAUCCACGCUGCUUGUCGGACAGUGCGGUGUAGAUUACCAAAUGUGGACCCUGUCACAGGGGCGAGGCAUCCUGCGGAGCCGGAUCGCGCGCUGAAGUCUUAUCGAAAAAUCGAUGAUGGGGAUCGCACUAAUGCGUGUCUCGGAAUGCAGCUUGUACCUACCAUUGAGGAGUUUGUUAUGAACGUUGGUGAUGAGGUUAAGGUGUUGGAGAUUGGUGAGCAUCGGUAUAUUAAGAUGUUGGCGCCUGGGGAGAAGGUUGAGGGAGUGUAG